AAUCUAGUCUGCACUAUUUAAAACUGAAAAGGUGUCACACAACAGUUAUAUCAAUGAAUACACUUUGCGUGCAACUGAAAGAUUAUAUGCCAUGUCAUAACAUUUUACACGAGGUGGAGAGUGGGCGGGCUAUCAUGGUUUAGUCUUCGUGUUGUUAAAGUAAACGGAACUCGAAAAAAAUCUGGGAUAAAACGUCGUCUUGCAACUGAAUCCGUUGUAAUAUUUAACUGAAUGAAUGUCCGAUUGUAAUAUAUGUAGCUUAUAGGUCUUUCCUGGAGAAGUGAUCUACAGAUAAGACGAGUUAUUAGUGCUGACUCAGGAUGGCAGAAGCUCAUCAGGCGGUGGCCUUUCAGUUCACUGUGACUCCUGAUGGCAUUGACCUUCAGCUCAGUCACGAAGCUCUUCGGCAGGUCUAUUUGUCCGGUCUUCAUUCCUGGAAGAAGAGAUUUGUCCAGUUUAAGAAUGGGGUUUUAAAUGGGGUGUACCCAGGAAGUGCACCAGGCUUCAUGCUGGUGAUGGCAGGAUACAUGGGAAGAGCACAUUAUUUGAAAGCGGACCCUUCCUUAGGCUUGCUUGUCAAACUCGGAAAAUAUCUUCCAGUCAGUAGGUACAUGUCUCAUCAAAAUCAGAUGUUAGUUGGAGGUGUCAUAGUGGGCACUGGUCUGUGGAUUGGCAUCAUAUUUACCAUGAGGAGUGUCCUGAAGUGCCUGUUGUCCUGGCAUGGCUGGAUGAAUGGGCCACGGGGAAAAUUGACCUGGAAAAUUCAACUUUGGCUGAUACUAAUGAAGAUUUUUUCGGGCAUGCAAACACCAAUGCUAUACAGCUUCCAGACUUCACUUCCUCAUUUACCUCUGCCCUCUGUGAAGGACACGAUGAGGAGAUAUCUUGAGUCAGUCCGGGCACUCCUGAAUGAUGAGGAAUACCAAAGAAUGGAGAGUCUUGCGCUCGACUUUCAAAAGAACCUUGGACCAAAACUUCAGUGGUACCUUAAACUGAAGUAUUGGUGGGCCACCAAUUAUGUCAGUGAUUGGUGGGAAGAAUAUAUCUAUUUGAGAGGUCGUGGGCCAAUCAUGGUUAACAGCAACUAUUAUGCAAUGGACUUUCUGUAUGUCUUUCCCACACAUCUGCAAGCAGCGAGAGCUGGUAACGCCAUUCAUGCCAUCAUGCUUUACAGGAGGAAACUGGACCGGGCACAGAUUAAGCCGCUUAUGCUUCAAAACACCAUCCCCAUGUGCUCGUCCCAAUAUGAGCGUAUGUUCAACACAAGUCGCAUCCCAGGCAUAGAAACAGACUCUGUUCAACACGUGUCUGACAGCCGACAUAUUGCGGUGUUUCACCGGGGCCGUUACUUUAAAGUGUGGCUUUUCUAUGAUGGACGGCUGCUUUUGCCGCGGGAGAUAGAGCAGCAGAUGGAGAGAAUCCUGAUGGACACGUCAGAGCCGCAGCCUGGAGAAGAAAACCUCGCUGCCCUUACUGCAGGAAACAGAGUGCCUUGGGCGUGUGCCCGUAAUGCAUACUUUAGACACGGCAGGAACAAACAGUCUUUGGAUGCUGUGGAGAAGGCUGCUUUCUUUGUUACUCUGGAUGAUACAGAGCAGCACUAUGAUCUAAACGAUCCUGUGAAGUCCCUGGACCGCUACGCCAAAUCCCUCCUCCACGGGAAAUGUUAUGACAGGUGGUUUGAUAAGUCCUUCAACCUGAUCAUUUUCAAGAAUGGAACAAUGGGCAUUAAUGCAGAACAUAGCUGGGCUGAUGCUCCCAUCAUUGGCCACCUCUGGGAGCAUGUGCUCUCGAUGGACCCUGUUAAGCUGGGCUACGCAGCAGAUGGUCACUGUAAAGGAGAACCUCACCCUCAUCUCCCAGGACCUCAAAGGCUCCAGUGGAGUAUCCCACCUGAGUGCCAGACGAUGAUCACCAACUCUCUGUCUGUGGCUGAGGCUUUGGCUGAUGAUGUGGACUCUCACAUCAUCCCCUUCAGUGACUUUGGAAAAGGCUUGAUCAAGAAGUGUAGGACCAGUCCAGAUGCCUUUAUUCAGCUUGCACUACAACUGGCCCAUUUUAAAGACAAAGGGAAGUUUUGCUUGACUUAUGAGGCAUCAAUGACACGUUUAUUCAAAGAAGGACGAACAGAAACGGUGCGCUCGUGCACCAUGGAGUCGUGUGCCUUUGUUCGUGCCAUGGUCAACAACGACACGAGAGAACAGAAACUCGGUUUACUGAAGCUGGCUGCUGAGAAACACCAGCAAAUGUACAGACUGGCAAUGACUGGCAAAGGCAUUGACCGCCAUCUCUUCUGCCUCUACGUAGUGUCUAAAUAUCUUGGGCAGGACUCUCCUUUUCUCCAGGAGGUGCUAUCAGAGCCUUGGAAACUCUCCACCAGUCAAACUCCUCUACAGCAGCUGGAGCUGUUUGACCUGGUGAGACACCCUGAGUAUGUUACAAGCGGAGGGGGGUUCGGACCGGUUGCUGAUGAUGGUUAUGGUGUGGCAUAUGUGAUUGUCGGAGAAAACCUCAUCAAUUUCCACAUCUCUUCCAAGCGUUCCAGUCCAGAGACGGACUCUCAUCGGUUUGGAAACAAUAUCAGACAAGCAAUGCUUGAUAUGCUGGAUCUCUUUCAGCUCGACACUAACAACCCAAAGUAAUUUGAUUGGUGGAAAAAUAUACACAUUUUAAAAUUUUACCUUAACUAUAGGUCUGCAUUAUUACUGUUGAGAGAAACUUGAAUUUUUUUUUUUUUUUUUUGAACGAACCUUUUUCUUUUGUUGUCUUGUUUGUUUGCAUGUUUGUGAGAGAUGCUGCAUAUAAAAGAGAGAAAUAGGGAGCAAGUGUGAGUUUCUUCAAGGAAUCUCAUUCUGUGAUGUUAUGUGUUGGUGCCUUAACAUGUGUCUUCACUCAACAGUUCAAUGCAGGUGAUGUGAAAUGUGUAAUUUAUUAAAAGCAUUUCAUUAUCAGGACCUUAUUUACCAAGACAUGUUUCUGGCACACAGUAUAGUUAACUUAUCUAUCUUAACUAAAUCCACAAUUUUCAAAAGAUGAAAUAUUCUCUUGACUGUUAAAAGAAGCAUAAUAAUAAUUAGCUUGGCCUGGCUUUUGUUGGCGCUUUGAUCUGUUAUCUUAACUGAAGUGUUCAGUUGUAAAUUGAAGGAAAGCAUAGCUCUGCAUUUGUCUUUUUUGUUUUGAGUUAUUAUAUUUCCCAUUGCUCCAUAUUAAGAAAUGAGGGGAAGGAUAGAAUUACACCUUUUUGACCAACCAAAUAUUCCCAUAUCAACUUGCUGUUAUUUAUUUUAUUGAACGUGCUGAUGCUCAUAUAAUGCAUCCUCACAUAAGUGUACAUUUAUUUCAUUUAUUCUUGCCUUCAUUCUGUUCUUAAGUUCCUUUUUUUAGGUUUUACAUUAUUUUUUAGAAAAUGUAGUAAUACAUUAUUAUUUUUUAACAUAAUAUAGCAAGUUGGCACCCUGAUGUUACAAUGGCUUCUUCAGCGAUGCAUGUGAAGCAUUUAAUGUUACAGCUAAAUCCCAUGAAUGAAUAAAUUCAACAUUUCCUCUGCUUCCUCAAACUCGACAUACUCAGCAUCUAGCCGGGUGGACCGAUUUCCCACCUGCUUCAUGAACUGGCUGACCAUCAAUGAGCAGAUGUUUUUCAGCUUCACAUACGUAUCUUGUUUCCAUGAGAAAACCUAUGGUUAAAUACCAGAACUGUUUUUAUAAAUGCAGCUGAAGGAGCUUGGUUAUGUCAGCAAUAAGCCAGCUUUUGAAAAAGUAAUGCAGAUCCAGAAUAACAGAUCCAAUCUGCCUUAAAUUUCAAUGCUGUUAAAGUUUUUCCCACACAAACCAGUGAUUGGUGUCCUACUUGCCAAAAUAUUAUUUACUUUAAGUGUUACAAACUGCUUGGAAGAAACUGACUGUACGCAACUCUUCCUUUGCAAAGUUCUUCUUUAAAUUGUUUCACAUUAUAUUCCUGGGAUAGUGGUAGAUUUCUGUUCAAUGUUUGAUGUUAAAAAAUGAGAAAAAUACAAUGUAGAUAUUAAGAUUAUCUUCUUUCAUUGAAAAAUACUUUUUUUGGUUAACAUUAUCGGCCACACAUGACUUGUUGUUUAACACAUCUGUUCAUGCAAUCUCAAUUAUUAUUCUCAUUUUUUUUCAGAACAAAUAAAAAUAAAGAACAAUAAUAACCAUAUCAUAA